CUCCAAUUGUCUACUCGUCCCUGCAAAUUCCCAGGUGUGAUGGGGCGUGUGGCACGGACCGACAAAGCUUCAACAAUCGACUUUAAUUGAGAAACAGUACCGAUCCUGACUUACUGUACCAGAGGUACCUGGUGGCCUGGGCAGCUGGUAAGCGGGCUGUCAACAAGUGACUGCACUUCUGGCUCAUUCAAAGCAACUUAUUCUGCCUCCGAAUUUACUCAGAAACAUGGAAAAUACCCAAGGUGUGCUGGCUGUUAACCUCAUCAAUGCAUGCCUGUCGGUAUCCUAUCCUCUUGACUUGAAUAUCUUCGCUGGCACCAUGGCCUUGUGUGCAGAUGUUUUGACACCGCACUGUUUCUUGCUUCGUCCCUCACAACACUAAACCCAGACUAAUCUGAGAUUUCAAUGGUUCCUCGUUGCCCCCCAUUACGCCACCCUCGAUCCAUGAAGGCGAGCCAACGGCUUCUUGGCACCAAGAGCGUUCCGGAUAUUAACUUCAUGUAUUAAGCUCUAUCCUGCCUUAUUUAUGACCUAACGUUACUGUUUCCUACCUUGCAUAUCUUCUAUCUAUCGGCCUUUGAUACCGUCCAUAAAUACUAUAGGUGAAGACGGCGAAGUCACCAACAUACCAUCCUCUUUCACUGCCUCCAUGAGUUAGUAACGGAGUGCUCCCUCGCAUAGGUAUAUUAGGCAUUUACUCACACGUUCUCAGGAUCUCCCUUGUCAUUUGACCCCUACCCACCACACAUUAAUCUGAGGAUGGAUCAUUCAGCUCUGAGAGAGCCCAAUCCCUUGCACAACCUCUGAGGUAAACGCAAGUGGUUCCAAUUAGCU